AUGCUUGAUCUUUACUACCUUCCCGGAUCAUCGCCGUGCCGGGCCGUGCUGAUGGUGGCCGAAGCGAUCGGUGUGCAGCUGAACCUGCGGCUUCUCGACCUGAUGGCGGGCGAGCAUCGGACACCCGAGUUCACCCGGCUCAACCCGCAGCGCUCCAUUCCGACGCUCGUCGACGGCGACACGGUGCUGUGUGAGUCGCGUGCCAUACUCCUCUACCUGUGCGACCGUUACGCUUCCGAAGAGGACACCUGCUACCCACAGGACAUCCCCGAUCGGGCCGCCGUCCAUCAGCGGCUGUUCUUCGACGCGUGCGUGCUCUAUCCCCGCUUCACGGAGUUCUAUCACCCGCAGGUGUUCGGCGGGGCUCCAGCUGACGAAGCCAAGCGGCGUGCCUUCGAGCGGGCCAUCACCCUUCUGGACACGUUUCUCGGCGAAAGUGAGUUCGUGGCCGGACCCAAGAUGACUGUGGCCGAUAUCAGCAUCUUUGCGACAAUGACGACGGCAUGUGCGCUUCGCUUUCAACUGGACCCGUUCGCCAACGUUGAGCGUUGGUACGCCAAGAUGGUGGCCACGUGCCCCGGGGCGAGGCAGAACGCGGAAGGUGCGCAACAGUUCUUAACGUACAAAUAA